AGUUAUCACUGAUGCUGCUUCGGAAAGCAACAUCUAUAUUAUCCCGCUUCUCUCUUCAAAUUUCUUGCAAACUUCGAUGCUUCCCACCUCCACGAGCACGACUGCUGUCCUCAAAUCUCUCCUCCACAACCCCUCCUCCAUCCGAACAAAAUCCCACGCCCAGCAACUCCAUGCUCAGCUCCUCAAAUCCUCCCUCACGGCCGCCGCCUCCAUCCUCCCCAUCUACUCCGCCCUCGGCCUCCUCCACGAAGCACUCCGCGCCUUCUCCUCCCUCCCCUCCCCUCCCCCUCUCGCCUGGAAAUCCGUCAUCCGCUGCUCCACCUCCCACGGCCUCUUCCACCAAUCCGUCUCUCUGUUCGUCCAAAUGCGAGCCUCCGGUACUCCCCCGGACGGAGACGUACUCCCUUCCGUCCUCAAGUCCUGCGCCGCCCUCAGAGACUCGAAGCUUGGGGAAUCAAUUCAUGGUUUCGUGGUCCGUUCUGGCUCAGGUUCCGACCUUUUCACCGCUAACGCCCUCAUGAACAUGUACUGCAAGUUGGUUGAUUCGAAUAAUGGCGCGGUUUCGUCCACCGGGAUGUCGAACAGACAUUUUGACGACAGUAAUUCGAGCAAGUUGGGAUCUUUUGAUGAUUCUUUUGGUUUGGAAUGCAAACCUACGACGAAUGAUGCAAAUUUUUAUCGGCUGGCCUCGAUCGAGAAAGUGAGGAAGGUGUUUGAUGAGGUGUCUGAACGAGAUGUGGUAUCAUGGAACACUUUGAUUGCAGGGUGUGCUGAGAAUGGAAUGCACGGGGAUGCUCUUGAGAUAGUUAGGGAGAUGGGAGUUGAUGGUUUGAAGCCCGACUCCUUCACUCUAUCCAGCGUGCUUCCUAUUUUUGCUGAAUUCGUGGAUGUGCGCAAGGGGAUGGAGAUCCAUGGUUUUGCAAUAAGACACAUGUUGGAUUCAGAUGUAUUCAUUGGGAGCAGCUUGAUUGAUAUGUAUGCAAAGUGCACCAGAGUGGAGUAUUCGCAUCGGGUUUUUGGUCUUCUACCAAAACCUGAUGCCAUCUCGUGGAAUUCUAUAAUUGCAGGAUCCGUGCAGAAUGGCAUGUUUGAUGAGGGGCUUAGGUUUUUUCGUCAGAUGCUGCUCGCCAAAGUAAAGCCUAUGCCUGUCACAUUUUCGAGCAUCAUGCCAGCUUGCGCUCACUUAACGACAUUGCAUCUUGGGAAGCAGCUCCAUGGGUACGUGAUCCGAGGUGGGUUUGAUAAUAACGUGUUUGUAGCGAGUUCUCUUGUUGACAUGUAUGCUAAGUGCGGUAAUAUUCAUGUUGCUCGGCGGGUGUUUGAAGGGAUGCGGUCACCUGAUACGGUGUCGUGGACAGCCAUGAUCAUGGGGCAUGCAUUGCAUGGGCCAGCAGAAGAAGCUCUUGCCUUGUUCCAGCGGAUGGAGGAAGAGAACGGAAAGCCAAACUAUGUUGCCUUCGUAGCAGUUCUAACAGCCUGUAGCCAUGCUGGAUUGGUAGAUGAGGCCCGGAAGUAUUUCAAUAGUAUGUCUAAGGACUAUGGGAUCAUUCCCUGUUUGGAGCAUUAUGCAGCUGUUGCUGACCUUCUUGGCCGAGCGGGAAAGUUAGAGGAGGCAUAUGACUUCAUUUCCACCAUGCACGUAAAACCAACUGCUAGUGUAUGGUCCACGUUGUUGGGUGCUUGCAGGGUCCAUAAAAAUGUUAAAUUAGCUGAGAAAGUGGCUGAGAAAAUAUUUGAGCUUGAACCCAAGAACAUGGGAGCUCAUGUUCUCAUGUCGAAUAUUUAUUCAGCUGCCGGAAAGUGGAAAGAGGCAGCAAAGUUAAGGAUGGCUAUGAAGGACAAAGGGAUGAGGAAGCACCCAGCUUGUAGCUGGGUUGAAAUAAAAAACAAGGUAUAUGCAUUUGUGGCACAUGAUAAAUCCCAUCCAUUUUAUGAUAAGAUCAAUGAAGCUCUGGAAGUUUUGUCAGAGCAGAUGGAACGGGAAGGAUAUGUACCCAACACGGAGGAUGUUCUCCAUGACAUAGAAGAAGAGCAGAAGAGAUAUGCAUUAUGUGGUCAUAGCGAGAGGCUUGCAAUUGCAUUUGGCAUCAUAAGUACUCCUCCAGGAACUACCAUUCGGGUGACAAAGAACCUUCGAGUAUGUGUAGACUGUCACACUGCUACAAAGUUUAUAUCGAAGAUUGUUGAGAGAGAGAUAGUUGUGAGAGAUGUGAACCGUUUCCACCACUUCAAGGAUGGGUUGUGUUCAUGUGGCGAUUAUUGGUAAGAUUCAAGGGGAAAAAGAUGCUUCGGUUUCAACCUGAGGUUGCUCUGAGCGAGCAACUUGGUGUUGUGCUACAAGGUGAACAAGGUUAUUGACUGGAAACUAGUACAGCAAGUCGUUUCAAAGCUUUCACUAAUCAGAUUGCCAGAGCUUUAUCUGUUCAAAAUGCAUAAAUACAUUCAUUAAGAAUCAGCAAAGGGUGGUACUUUCUUAUCUUACAAUGCGGCUCCUGUGCUAAACCUCAAUGGUUGAUAGAGUAACAGACUUCUAGGUAUGUCUUGCCAUGACGGCUGUUUGUAUUGGAGCAAUUCCAGAGGUGGAGGAGAAAUGUUCAGCUUAAUUAGGAGCAUUUAAUUUUAACAAAGCUUGCCCAAAGAAAACCUAUAAAAUCAUGAUGACCAUGAAAGAGCUUGUACUGGAAGAAAGAAGAAGCAAAAGUGACAAAACAGAACCCACCCUUCUCAAGUCUCAACCAGUUUAUCAACCACUGUCAUCCUCCCAUCACAGACAGUUGUUAUUGUUGGGAGUUUGUUCAAUUUCAUAGGCAAGCUCAUGUAUCAUACGACCAUGUUUUCUUAUAUAUGAAACAGUUUGGUAGAUGAAAUAAAUUCGAUACCAUUUGUGCGGGUAUCUGAUUUCUUAGUCUGCAGUUUCAUUCAUAUCAUUAAUAAAGGCAGGCCAGUUGUGACAUUCAUGUCACUGAUGUUUAAUUGUAUGCAUGUGGCUGUAAGAUUGUUAUGAAGUAAAUAAUA